CGGACUCGGGCAGCGUGCGCGCCCCGCCCAACCUGUACCCCGUGCUCUAUAUAUAGAUAAAGCGGCAUAGCAAAGCGGGCAGAGCCAGAGGUGGUUGGGAUCGUAGUGAGAGCCGGGAAGGGAAAGUGAUCGGACCGACUAACAAAUUGAUCUGAUUGCCAGCGGUCCGAGCCAGGCUUCUUCCUCCCCUCGGUUUGUCCAGCCAAAGAGCGCCGCAUCGCCUCUUGUCUUGUCAUCCUGCGGGCGGGAGCGGGUUUUUUUGUGCGUGUCUGUGUUGUUGUUGUUUUUUUGUGGCUCCGGCGCCGAGCGGCUCUUCUUGCCUGCUCGCGUCUCUCUUUUGCACCAUGAAAGCGGUGAGUCCCGUCCGACACCCCAGCAGGAAAGCCCUGACUAGCGGCUGCUGUUGCGGCGGCGGCGGCGACGGAGGCGGCGGCGAUCUGGCUCUGCGUUGCCUGGCCGAGCACGGCUACUACAAGGGGAACCCCUCGCUGGGCGAGGAGGAGCCCGCCACUCUGUGUCUUCAGUGCGACAUGAAUGACUGUUACAGCCGCCUUCGGAAGCUGGUGCCAACCAUUCCGCCCAACAAGCGGGUCAGCAAAGUGGAGAUCCUGCAGCAUGUGAUCGACUACAUCCUGGAUCUGCAGCUGGCCUUGGAGACCCACCCGGCUUUGCUCCGGCCGUCGCCGCCGCCGCCCCCUCCGUUGCACCCGGCAAGUUACCCGGGAGGGCCUCCCCGGACCCCGCUCACAGCGCUCAACACCGACCCGGCGGGUGCUGUUAAUAAGCAAGGAGAUAGUAUUUUGUGCCGCUGAACUGCACUUCCAAGGUGUGCAGCAAGCAGAUCCUGAGCCACAGAAGCAGAAAGACACAUUAGAGGAGGGAGGGGGAAAAACAGAGAGAUGAAAAACAAAACAGAAAAAAAAAAUCAGCCACUAGGCUAAAGAAAAAAGAAACCUCAACUACUCCAGAAUUCUUUCCAUAUUUCCUUUAGAGUGAGAGAAAGAGAAAAAAAAAAUCACAAUUUUGUACGUACAUAGCAUUUUUCACAUGACUCUUAAACUUUUUUUUUUUAGAUCAGAUGUGAAUUGUGUACAUGUCUAGGAGGGAGGGGAUUUAAAUCUUCAGUAUUGUGUGGUUUUCUGUUGGAUUGAAGAUCAGGGGCAAAAACUGGAGUUUAGAAAUAUAACUUUAAUGCGUCGAGCAGUUAAAAUCUGAAGCUUUACUAAUCUACCAGAGGCAUUGUAGAUAACUUUUGUUUUGGCAUCUAUUGUUUAAAAUAGAUGGUUUUAUUGUUUCCUUGGGGAUUUUCUUCUCCCUGCAGGAAUGUUACAUAUUGUAUAGAUUAAAAUGAGUGACAUUUCAUACUAUGUAUAUAGAGAGAGCUUCUAUAAGUGUAAGUGAGAAAAGUUUAUGCUUUAAUAGACCAACUGUAAUUAUGAAAUAUUUUUAAUUAAAUAUUUUUUGUAAAUAUUAUCAAGAUGUGUAUGUUUUUUUUAAAAUAUGUGAGAAUGUUUCUUUAGGAAAACAAUAUUUCUGGCUCAAGUGCAGAACUGCUGACAAAGACAAUAUAUUGGAUGUUGCCCCCCCCCGCCCCCCACUCCGUCCCUGUAGACUUUGAAGCUAUAGGCGUAGGUAGCUUGGUCCUGCAUGAAUGCAUGAGCUGUCUAACCACAAAUAAAAUGUGUUCUGAAUCCAUACAGAUGUGUUUUCUUCAAUCCAAUUAAGAGGUGUUUGUAUCAUACAGUUUUGAAACUUACAUUUUGUCUGUUUGGCACUGAGAUUUAUAUGACAGUGUACGAGGAGAGGUUAUCAAGAUGUAAGAAUUGGUUCUUACCCAAGACAGCUUGGGUUUUUUUCAGUCUGGGUACAAUGCUGAGGUAUUAUCAGCUUUUAUGUAAUCUUUUGUUGUCACAAACAUUUUUGUAAUACCAAGUGGGGUGAUGUUACCCCAUCAUUUUAAGCCCUGUGGCAUUUUACUUGGAGAGAGGGUUUUGAAAAGUUUUCUGCUUCUGACCAAAGGGCACAUACUGUCAACAAAUGUAAAGUUGCUGUUUCUUUCAUCCAAAGACUAGAAAUGUGGAGAGUAGGAUGGUAUAAUAGGGAAAAAUUUCAGUCUUAAUUACUGGUAUAAAUCAAUUUCAAAGAACUUAUGUAGACCAAAAAUAAAACACAACCAGAUGACUGUAUUGAGAUUAUUUUUUUAAUAUAUAGCAGCAUUAAUUUUAUUGCAGCUCUGUUAACAUCUGAAAUUCCUGUUUAGUGUCUGUUAUAUGUGUAACUUCUACAUAUAAACAUUAAACUAGAUUGAUUGUG